AUGUACAAAUGUUUUAACGAGAUUUUGGAUGCGGAGGGAAAGUCAAUCACGCUUGCAACUCUCUACAAUUCGGUACUCGGAACGAAUUUUAACCUCACCGCUUCGACCAACAGGAUGCCCGUGGACUUUGACAAGCGAGAAUACUGGCACGAGCGAUUUUCAUCAGAGACCAAGUUCGAAUGGCUCAUCACAUCGGAAAGGUUCAUGGCCAUAUUGGAGCCCCUGCUCUCGCAGCUGCCCAAGACCUCACGGAUUCUACAGCUGGGUUCUGGAAACAGCGAUUUGCACAAUCACUUGCGGGCUUGCGGCUUUGCCAACGUCACCAACAUUGACUACGAGCCACUGGCCAUUGAACGGGGUAGACAGCUGGAGAAGUUAGCUUUUGGGGAUGUCAGAAUGCGCUACCUCGUCGCUGAUGCCACCGAGAUUGACCCGACGUCCCUCUGCAGUGAAGGUCGGUUUGACUUGGUCGUCGACAAAAGUACCGCUGAUGCUCUUUCCUGCGGUGGCAAUGAGGCUGUUAUGGACAUGCUGCGCGGAGUCAAGGAGUGUUUGGACGCCGAACAUGGGAAAUGGGUGUCAGUCAGCUAUUCUGAGCAUCGCUUCAGCCUGGACGAAAAUCCCUUCCAUGUGGACGUGAUGCACAAGGUCCCCACGCCAAAACGGCUCGAAACGGAUCCUGACAUUUUCCACUGGUGCUACAUGCUUAGCCCCUGA